AAGUAUAAAACCGCACUUCUGCCAACGGUAAGGCAUCAAACAGCCUCGAGCAACAUCGUCCGCAGCACAUUUGCUUCCAAGCUAGCUUCCAAACCAACCCCAACUAAAAACCAUCAUCAUGAAGGUCUUCAUUGCAUCGAUCGCUCUGGUUCUGCUGGCCGUCGCUGAAGCUUCCUACCUGCCGUACGGUGGUGGUUUGGUUGGAUACGGCUCGACCUGGCCGGUGACGACCUCGGUCGCAUACCCAUCGUACGGACUGUACGGCAAGUCGGUGCUGCCGCUGGCCACCGCCAAGUACGCCUAUCCGUCGGUGUACAACAGCUACCCACUGGUCAACAAAGUCGUUUCGUACGCCGCACCGGCUAAGGUGGUGAGCUAUGGCGGAUACGGCUAUGGCGGUUACGGCUAUGGUGCCGGAUAUGGCUACGGUGCCGGUUACGGCUACGGAUUGGGCUACGGAAAGGUGCUGCCGUCGAAGUACUACCUGUAAUCGGUGGGAUGUGUUUGUGGCACAAUCGAACAAAUGGACAACCGGAGCAACCUGGAAACAGGAAAAAAUGUACAGACAAACAGAAUUUGUAUAAAAAACAGUUUUAAUAUAAAUCAGCAAAAGCAACAUUAAAACAUUAUGUCGAAUUUUCUAAAGUUA